AUGUCAAUGGAAGAGAGCAUCAGUUUAGAAGAGACAAACAGAAUUCGUGUAUCCAUUGGCCUCAAGCCUAUCACGGACGAUUCGAAUCCAGUAGAUGACGAGGAAAAACAGGCAGAAGAUAAUUAUGCGAAGAGGAGAGAGCACGAGGCCAAAGAACGCGAAACAAAGGAAAUUGCCGACCGUAUUGCCAAGGUCAGGAAUAGACGAGAACUCAAUGCAUCGCUCAAAGGCCCUACUCUCGGUGAUGCAGACGACGAUACAGAUAAUGUAUUGAAAUGGAUCAAGAAGAAUAAGAAGAAGGAAAAGGAACUUGCUAAGAAACGGUUACAGGAGUUUGACAGAAUGGAUAAGGCCAUACAAGAAGAUUACACUGAGCGUGAUCUUGCCGGGCUGAAGGUUAGCCAUGACUUCGACACCAUGGACGAAGGAGAUGCUCGAAUACUUACACUCAAAGAUAGUCGCAUCCUUGACAACGAAGAGGAUGAACUACAGAACAUUGAGAUGGCUGAAGAUGAGCGGCAACGAAAGAACCAAGAACUGAAAACAAAGAAGCACGACUAUACAGGAUAUGAUGAUGACGAAUUCGUUGAGGGUAACGUGGGGAUGAAGCGUGCGGUCCUUGCUAAAUAUGACGAGGAGAUAGAAGGCGCGACAGAAAUAGGUUUCCGUUUAGGCAGUUCGGUCGUCUCGAAGAAAGUCACAAAUAAGCCAAAAAUUGAGACGACUACUUCAUUAAACAAGACCUUGCUUUCAAUCGACUAUAAGAAGAAUCUGGAAACUACAGAUUAUCUAAAGGAGGGGGAUAUCGGAUUCAAAAAACCCAAGACGAAAAAGAAGCGCCCUAAUCGUCGGGUUCCUGCUGAAGCUGAACUAGCUCCCGAGGACGAGAUGGAUAUAGAUCCAACACCUGUCCCACGAGUUCCAGAUCUCGAUGUCAAUUUCGUUGACGAUGAUGAGCUUCAGGCUGCGUUAGCAAGGUCUCGCCGCGCAAAGCUUGCCAAACCGAAGAAGGUCACGCCCGAAGAACUCGCAAGAAGAGUCGCAGAAGAGCGAGAGGAACAGGAAAAAAAGGCUUCCACCAAAGCUGAGGACGGUGACAUCAAGAUGGGCGAUGAUGAGGAGGCUGGAGGUCUUGUUUUUGAUGAUACGUCCGAAUUUGUUCGGGCGGUCGGCAAUAACCCGAUCACGGUCAAAAAAGAACCCAAAGAAAAGACUUCACCCUCUGCACGGGAGUUCUCGCGCCCACACUCUCUUUCGCGAGAUGUUUCUAUGGCCCCGGGAGAUGAAGUGUUGCAUGAGAUUGAGGCCGGUGAGGCUGUGAAGGACGAAGAUGAUGAUGAGGAGGACGACAUGGAAAUUCUCAACAUGAUUGAGGCUGCGAUAAAAGCCGAAGAGAGCGAACAACAUAACGCCGCAGAUAAUGCUGUUGGAACAUCAUCUGAGCAGAAUUUCAAAUCUGGUAUGGCUUCGACCUUAAACAUCCUCCGACAGCAAGGUAUACUUGCCGCUCCUUCUUCUGACCAGAAAGAGCGCGAACACACUCAGCUGCAACGCGAUCUUUGGUUAGCUGAUCAGCGUCGCCGAGUUGCUCAGCGAGAAUUAGAACGCUUACAAUCUCGAGGUGGUAAUAAAGAUCAAGCUACCAGGGAGUACGAGAAUCGAUUGCGUGAGCAGCAGGAAGCAAGGGAGAAUUUGGAGACGUUCAAGCAUUACAAGCCUGAUGUUAACAUCGUGUAUUACGAUGAGCAUGGACGAGCUUUGACUCCAAAAGAAGCUUGGAAGGCUCUUUCACACAAGUUCCACGGGAAGGGUUCUGGGAAGAUGAAGACAGAAAAGAGGUUGAAGAAGAUCGAAGAGGAAAAGAAGCAGCUUGCGAUGGCCAGUGGUGAUACACCCCUGAGUAUGAGCGCUGCAUUCCAACAGCGGCAGCUGAAGGCUGGCCAGGCUCACUUUGUGUUAUCUGUAGGUAACAGAGGUGCUGUUCCACAGGCUGCGGACUUCUUCGAUGCUCAGCCCUUAUCGAAAGGGAAGACCGAAAAGAUGAAGAAAAAGAAAGAGUCAAAGAACGCGAAGGCGGCGAUGGAGUCGGGUUUGAUGACAUUACCUACCCCGUCCUUGGCCAAUGGUGGCAGUCCUGCUCCAACAGGUUUCGCCUCUGUAGGGAGCAACGGUUCGCCAGGUCCAAGAGCAGGCUUUUCGCGUAUUUCAUCCACGGUUGAAACCACUUCGCAAAAUGGUACAGGUACUCCUAGUGAAAGAUCCAAGGUUGCAUUUGGGUUUGGAACUAAACGUAAGGCUAACGAGGAAGCUACUGGAUCUCCUCCCGCCAAACGGCGCUAG